UUGAAAAAUACUCCAUCAAAAGCAGAGGAAAACAAUCAAAUCCACACAAUCAAAUUCAGACACACACACACAGAAAACACACAGUGAGUCUGCAGAUUGAAGUUAUUCGAGUGUGGUGGAAUAAGACCAACCUAGACACGCAAACAGAGGGAAGCGAAAACGGGAUUCAAGGAUUGAGCUCCACCUCAACACACAAAUCGCCUCUCUGCUGAAGUAAUUUCGCAUUUUCUCUACCCAAUUAUUGAUUACUCCAACAUGGGUUGAUUGCGAUUUUGGGCGUUUGAUUCAUUUCCUGCUGCAAAAUCUUCUCUUGUCUGGCUCAGAAUAACUGAAUCAACGGAUCAAAUUCUGGUGCCUUUUCGGGCAUUGAAAUAGUAGAGCUUCGAAGUAUGUCUUUUUUAGGGGCUUGAUGCUUCCAUAUGAGAAAACUUGGAAUGAUAGUCCCAAAGCUAAAAAAUUUUUAGUAUCCAUUAAACAACAUUUUUGAAAACAUCAUGAUUCCGGGGUGCACCUAUGAAGGCAUUAUUGAUGGCCACAGUUCAGAUAACGAUGUUGCUCCAGAGAUUAUUGAAUACAGAGCAUCUCCUCAUCGGAAGAUCUUGUCUUUUAAUGGUCCGAAACGUGGCAUGACAUCAAAUACAGCCGUACACGAGCUUCUUGAAUGCCCUGUUUGUACAAAUGUAAUGUACCCCCCAAUUCACCAGUGUCCAAAUGGCCAUACUCUAUGCUCGAAGUGUCAGUCAAAGGUGCGGUGCUGCCCAAUUUGUCGUCACGAACUUGGGAACAUAAGAUGCUUAGCGUUGGAACGAGUAGCGGAAUCACUUGAACUGCCGUGCAAGUACCAGAUCCUCGGGUGUCAGGACAUUUUCCCCUAUCACGGCAGAUCGAGGCACGAACAGACUUGCCGAUUUCGUCCCUACAAGUGCCCAUACGCUGGUGCAGACUGCCCCAUCAGCGGCAGCAUUCCUUUCCUCGUAGACCAUCUCAAGCGAGACCACAACGUUGAUAUGCACGACGGGUGCACUUUCAACCACAGAUACGUGAAAUCCAACCCCCAGGACGUCGAAAAUGCCACCUGGAUGCUGACUGUUUUCAACUGCUACGGCUACCAGUUUUGCUUGCACUUCGAGGCCCUCAAUCUCGGGAUGGCUCCCGUGUAUAUGGCGUUCAUCCGUUUCAUGGGCGACGACCACGACGCUCGAAAGUUCAGCUACAGCCUGGAGGUCGGAGGAAACGGGAGAAAGAUGACGUGGCAAGGGGUCCCGAGGAGCAUCCGCGACAGCCACACAAAAGUUCGGGACAGCAUGGACGGGCUGAUUAUCCAACGAAGCAUGGCGCUGUUUUUCUCCGGUGGCAGCAGGCAGGAGCUGAAGCUGAAGGUGGCAGGCCGGAUAUGGAAGGAAGAAGCGUAGGGAGAUCGUCGGCCAAGUGGUGGUGCUCGGUUUCUUAGGGGGGCCGAGGCGUCGUCGAAUACAAGGAGGGAAAGGAAGAGGACUUCUCAUGAUUGGUGAAAGGCUUUACUUAUUUAAUCUGUACAUGAAACUCAGAAUGAUGUGAGCUAAUCCUUAAACUUGUUUUAAUCUGAAUGGAUCAAAUUAACCACCAAAAAUCUGUUGUAAAAUCUUGGUGGAUAACUUUUGCAUAUCA